CGGUGUGUAUGCGUAAGCAGUCACACACAAAGAUCGCGCCGUGGAGAAAAGUAAAAUUUAACACUAAAAAAGGUGAAAAACGCAGUGUGUUUUGAAAAUUACAUAAAGAGUUGUACAAGCAAGAGUGUGUCAGUGUAAUUUGAUAUAAAAUUGUGUGAAAAUAAUAUGCAUUUGAUGGUUACCAAUGUCCUCAAUGCCUUGGCUGGGUGACCUACGAUUGUGUUUGUCUAAAAUGGCGUCGAAUUCGAUGGAAAGUUAAAUGGCGUCCCACUAAGAAGAACGAAAAAAGUACACAUUGUAUAAAACAAAAAGCUGUACCUACUAAUACAUUAUUUUUUACGUUCCAGUGCAUGUGUCUAUUAAUAUAUUGAAAUUGUAACAAAAAGAAAAAGAAACUUUUAUGGCAUUUCAAAAUAUGGUGCAAUAUUUGUAAGCGGAAGGGUAAAGAAGGAAGGAGAAUACGAGAAUUGUAAAAAUCAAAUGACUCGUCGUAAUCACAAUCGUUGGCUGGGUCACAUACACCGUGGUUUGUUUGUGUGUGUCUCGUAUAGUUUUUAAAAGUAGUAAACGUGAACUAAAAAAAGAGCAAGAUUAAGCGAGUGUGAAACAUAUGCAAAACGAUAUCAUCAUCGUGUCAUUCUGAACCCGAAGUGCACUGAACGAAUAAGCGCGCGCGCGCAUCCAACAAAGUAAAGUCGGUGACGUCGUGUUUUGAUAUUGACUUUGGAGCAGUCCGAAAGUUAAGAGCAUAAUCGAGCAAAAGUAAAUAAAAAAAAACAAAGACAACAAUUUAAUCAACGCAGCAAUAACAACCAAAGAGUGUGUGUGAAAGAAAGCAAGCGACUGGAGAAAUACAAUUUUUCGACGCGUCUAUCGGUCAGCGGAAAAUCUGUUUUCUUCUCUGUAGUGAUAACAAGAACUAAAGGCCCAAAGAACUCUGAAGCCACCCGCUUCCAAGUUUUUUCCAGCCAAGCGUGUUACUUUGCGGCACUGUCAUCACUGACCCAUUGCCGCCCACUGUGGUGAUCCGUUUUUCUAGUUUUACGUCGUCACGGUAUCGUAUCAACUCUGUUUAAUUUUUCGUACGUUAAAUUGUUGUUUUAAACAACGUUUGUGUUGUUGUGAGCCAUUUUUCUUUUUAGUUUUUAUUUUUUUCUUGUGAUUUGUGUUUAAACGAAAAGGCCUCACCACGAAUUACCUAUCGUUUUCCUCGUCGCGGCGAUCAACUGUAGUCGCAACAAGUGGUGGCAAAACGCCGGCCGUCAGCACCACCGCAUUGGCCACUUCAGCAGGAUCUGCCUCUGCGUCGUCAAGUGUCUCUUCAUCCUCAUCGGCGCUUGGCUUAUUGAGUUCGAGCUUUGUGGGCAGCUUCUCGAAUCCUUUCAGCAGCAGCAGCAGCAGCAGCAAUAGUGGGGGUAGUACUAGCAACAACAAUAGCAACAAUUUUAGUAAUAGUAGCAACAACACUGCCUACGCAACCACAACCGAACCCGCAAUAGUAAUUCCAAACGUUGUAACAUUGCCACCCGCAUCUUACAAUAAAAAACAACAGACACAGACUCAGCAACAGCUCCAACAAUAUCGCUCUACUUCAACAUCUGCGUCUACAUCAACUACUGCCGGUACUUACUUUCAGAGCAAUCCAAACAGUGGUGGUGGCAGCAGCAGCAGCAGCAUCAACAACAGUGGUCGCACAAUGGCUGCUAGUGGCACAGCUGCACCGACCGGCAGCAGCACAGCUGCCGUACUCGGCACCUCGCCCACAUACGAACCGCUUGGCGGUGGUCCGCACGCCACCAUCGUGAAAGAAGGUUGGCUACAGAAGCGUGGCGAACACAUAAAAACCUGGCGUUCACGUUAUUUCAUAUUGCGCGACGAUGGCACUUUGAUGGGCUAUAAAAGCCCGCCGGUGAAUAAUGCACCCGCUGAUCCAUUGAAUAAUUUCACAGUACGCGGCUGUCAAAUUAUGACAGUCGAUCGUCCAAAACCAUUCACAUUUAUUAUACGCGGCCUGCAAUGGACGAACGUUAUCGAGCGAACAUUUUGUGUGGAAAAAGAGAUCGAAAGGCAACAGUGGACCGAUGCUAUCAGAAACGUCGCGAGUCGCUUGAGUGAAUUGGGCGAAACGGCCAUGUCACCAUCGACAUCAACAGACAUGUCUGACGUGGAUAUGGCAUCCAUUGCCGAAGUGGAACUACGUAAUAGUUUUUCCGUGCAGGGCACAACGAAGCGCAACAGUGGUGGCGUUAAGAAAGUCACACUUGAAAAUUUCGAGUUCUUAAAAGUUUUGGGCAAAGGCACUUUCGGCAAAGUGAUUCUGUGCCGUGAAAAGGCCACCGCAAAGCUGUACGCAAUUAAAAUUCUCAAAAAGGAGGUAAUCAUACAAAAGGAUGAAAUCGCGCACACAAUCACAGAAAGUCGUGUGCUACAAACUACGAAUCACCCUUUCCUAAUUUCGCUUAAAUAUUCAUUUCAAACCAACGAUCGUCUCUGCUUUGUGAUGCAAUACGUGAAUGGCGGUGAACUCUUCUUUCACCUGAGCCGUGAACGCCUCUUCACCGAGGAUCGUACGCGAUUUUAUGGUGCCGAAAUAAUUUCUGCUUUGGGCUACCUACACUCUCAGGGCAUUAUAUAUCGUGAUUUAAAAUUGGAAAAUCUAUUGUUGGACAAAGAUGGUCACAUUAAGAUUGCCGACUUUGGGCUGUGUAAAGAGGAUAUCACCUAUGGCCGUACUACGAAGACGUUCUGCGGUACGCCCGAAUAUCUGGCGCCUGAAGUAUUAGAGGACAACGAUUAUGGGCAUGCGGUCGAUUGGUGGGGUACUGGUGUCGUCAUGUAUGAGAUGAUAUGUGGACGUCUUCCUUUCUUUAAUCAAGAUCAUGAUGUACUAUUCACACUUAUCUUAAUGGAGGAGGUGAGAUUCCCUCGCACAAUAUCGGAUGAGGCGCGCAGUUUACUUGCCGGCCUAUUGGCUAAGGAUCCACGCCAGCGUCUUGGUGGUGGCCAGGAUGAUGUCAAAGAAAUACAAGCGCAUCCUUUCUUUGCGAGUAUUAAUUGGACGGAUUUAGUGAACAAGAGGAUAACGCCGCCUUUUAAGCCACAAGUGGUAUCCGACACAGAUACACGCUAUUUCGAUACAGAGUUUACCGGUGAAAGUGUGGAAUUGACGCCGCCAGAUCCUGCUGGCACAUUAGGUUCGAUAGCAGAAGAGCCACUUUUCCCGCAGUUCAGCUACCAGGAUAUGGCAUCCACAUUAGGUAAUUCAUCGCACAUCAGCAGCUCGGCUGGUCUUGCAUCGAUGCAAUAGAAUCGAAUAAAAUGCGAGUGACGUCGUUGCCAAUGGCUGCGUCGUCACCAAUAUACAAUUGAUCGUCCUUAUGAUCAUUACUGCCAUCAUCGUCAUCAGCAACAUUGUCAUUGUUAUUGUGAUAAACAGCAACAACAACAACAACAACAACAACAACAUUCACAACAACUGAAAAAGCAAACGGCUCAGAAACAACCACAACAACACAAUAAACUAAAGCAGCAGCAGCAGCAGUCGCCGCAGCCGCAGCCGCAUUCCCAACGCAAACUGCAAAUAUUCAAAAUGUGGCAGCCACAGUCACCGCAACAGCGCACACAACGCUUGCAUGCUGCUGCACAACUGCAAUUUAUUAACAGCUAUAUAUUCUUAGUGUUGCUUGCAAAACUGUUAAGAUUCCAUAGGCUGCAGCUUACUACGUCUGGCUCGCAUCUCACGCUUGCGGCAUGUUAAGCGGCACGGCACGGCACGGCUGCUGCCUUCGCUGCUGCAGUAAGCGAGUAUAAACCACAACUUGGUAGAUGAGGCGGCGUGGAAGUUAGUUGUUUAGAUAUAAGCACAGUGAUUUGUGUCCCAAGCACCGGCGGUGACUGCAGCUAUUCAGUGUGAAACUCAAUCAGCGGGAGCCUUAGUUGCUGCAACAGUCGAGUGAACAACUACACAACAGCAGAGCAGCAGCACAGCGAUGGCAGUAGUGGACGUAUGGGCGCGUUAAGCCGCCUCUUUAGCAGCAGCAGCAGCAGCA